AUGCCCCGCGCGCGUCGCGUCGUCGUGGACGUCGAUGCCGUCGCGCACGAUCCCGCGCCCGCGUCGGCGUACGUUCCGGCGCGCGAGACGUUCACCAGCGGCGUCGACCUUCGUGGGUGCUCUUUGACCCAGAGAGGUGGCAAGAGAAAGCGAGACGCGAACGACGACGAGGACGAACGCAUGGAUGACGUCGACGGCGUCGAGGACGAUUUUCGAUCGUACAAGGCGCCGAAAUCGACGCACGAGAGCGUUCCGGGGAAAAAAUCUGGACGGUCGUGGAAGCGGCCGGCGUCCCGGGCGAGCGCGCUCGGGAAACCGGCGAGCGGGAAGUCGUGGGAAGAUCGCGUGCGAGAGCGAGAGGCGAAGAAGCGGUUCGUCGAGGCGAAAGCGGACGCAAAGAGGGCGCGCGGGUUGAAAAUCAAGGCGGAGCGCGAGCGACGAGAGGAAUUAAAGGUCAAGAAGGAGGCCAACCGAAUCGCCACGGGCAUGGGACAGCGACAGACGAUCACGAACGCGAAGACGAUCGCGAAGAAGAGCGCCAAGGAGCGGGCGAAACUUAAGAAGUUACGUAUGCUCUAG